AUGCCUAUCAAUGCCAUUGCCUCCGACCAUGUCAUUAUCAAUGGUGCGAAUAAGCCCGCAACCAUUGUGUAUUCCACAGAGUCUGGCACGAUCCUGGAUGUCUUAGAAGGUCCGGUUAUUCUUGACAAAGCGGAGAUAACCAAUUAUCAAAUACACACAAUAGAAGACGUAUCUCCAUGUACACUGCUCCCUGGACUCGUGGAUGCGCAUGUUCAUUUGAACGAGCCUGGUAGGACCAGUUGGGAGGGCUUUGAAAGCGGGACCCAGGCUGCCAUCAGUGGUGGGGUCACGACGGUGAUCGAUAUGCCCCUGAAUGCUGUCCCUCCGACGACGAAUGUUGAGAAUUUCCAUGCUAAAUUGAAUGCUGCUCGAGGCCAACUGUGGUGCGAUGUUGGCUUUUGGGGUGGUCUUGUCCCAGACAACUUAGCAGACUUGGUUCCGCUUGUAAGGGCCGGUGUUCGCGGGUUCAAAGGGUUCUUGCUGGAUUCGGGUGUGGAAGAGUUUCCCCCCAUUGGCAAGAAGUACAUCCAAGAGGCGUUAGGAGUGUUGGGUCAGGAGAACACUAUGAUGAUGUUCCACGCCGAAUUGCCCACAGCGGAUGCCCAUCACGAGGAAAAUAGUCAUGAAUAUUCCUCGUUUCUGUCUUCAAGACCGGAUUCUUUUGAGAUUGACGCCAUCAAUUUGAUUCUCGAGUGCUUGCGCGCUAGAGAUGGACCAGUGCCUCCCGUACAUGUAGUUCAUUUGGCAUCCAUGAAGGCUGUCCCGUUGAUCAAAGAAGCCCGUGCUUCAGGGCUACAAAUCACCACCGAGACCUGUUUCCACUAUUUGUGCAUUGCAGCAGAACAAAUCCCAGAUGGAGCCACUUACUUCAAAUGCUGUCCACCUAUCCGUUCUGAAUCUAACCGCCAGGGCCUAUGGGACGCAUUGCGCGAUGGUGUCAUAAGCUCGGUAGUGAGUGACCAUUCACCUUGCACGCCUGAGUUAAAGAACUUGAAAAAGGGCGAUUUUUUCGAUUCCUGGGGAGGAAUAUCGUCUGUUGGGCUGGGUUUACCGUUGAUGUUCACCCAGGGCUGCUCCUUAGUAGAUAUCGUGACAUGGUGCUGUGAAAAAACUUCCAAGCAGGUGGGACUGGCUCACCAAAAAGGCGCUAUAGCUCCCGGGUACGAUGCUGACUUUGUGGUCUUUGAUACAGAGAACGAACAUAUGAUAACUAAUUCAACCGUUUUCUUCAAAAACAAACUGACAGCAUAUAACGGAAUGAAAGUCAAGGGUACUGUCUUAAAAACCAUACUAAGAGGGCAAGUAGGAUAUACAAAUGUUGAUGGAGUGACGAAAGCACCAUUGGGCCAGACUCUGCUAGAGCCCAGAAAGUAA